GGAGAGAGGGGCGAUGGCCGCCGGUGGAGCAGGAUGCGGGGAAACGGUGGAGCAGUGCCGGGCCGAGGUGGAGCGUCUGACACGGGAGCUGGCGGAGGCGAACCGGGAGAAGGUCCGUGCGGCGGAGUGCGGGCUGGUGGUCCUGGAGGAGAACCAGAGCCUGAAGCAGCAGUACGCGGACCUGGAGGCCGAGCAGGAGGCGCUCAAACAGGAGCUGGAGCAACUGCAGGAGGCGUUCGGCCAGGCCUACUCCACCCAGCGUAAGGUGGCAGAGGAUGGAGAGACCAACGAGGAGACGCUGCUGCAGGAGUCAGCCAGUAAGGAGGCGUACUACAUGGGCCGGCUGCUGGAGCUGCAGAGAGAGCUGAAGCACAGCCGGGCCACCGCAGCCAACUGCCAGACCGACAACGAACACCUGAGCGGGCUGCUGCAGGAGCUCAGGGAGGGCAACGAGAUGUUGGAGCUGCAGAGGAGUCGCAUGCGAGAGGAGAUCCGAGAGUACAAGUUUCGAGAAGCUCGGCUCCUGCAGGACUACACGGAGCUGGAGGAGGAGAACAUCUCUCUGCAGAAGCUGGUGUCCACGCUCAAACAGAACCAGGUGGAGUAUGAAGGCCUGAAACACGAGAUAAAGGUCCUGGAGGAGGAGAUGGAGGUCCUGAACAGCCAGCUGCAGGACGCUCUGCGGCUGAAGGACAUCUCAGACGGUCAGCUGGAGGAGUCGCUGGAGUCUUUGAAGAGCGAGCGCGAGCAGAAGAACCACCUGCGCAGGGAGCUCGUGCACCACCUCAGCAUGUGUGAUGUAGCCUACACCGGCAGCGCCCACCUGACCUUCACCUCCGCCCCGCCCAGCGGCAACGCCACCCCAACUACUCUGAUGUCCCCCAACACAGAGGAGCCAAGCAGGUGUAACGGUCACCUGCAGGGUGGGACUGCAGCAGGGACAGCAGCCGGGUCGGGGUCCAGGUCCAACGGAGAGUACCGGGCAUCGGGUCGUAAAGCUGAGGGGGCGUCAACAGCGGACCUCUUCAGUGAGCUGAACCUGACGGAGAUCCAGAAACUCAAACAGCAGCUGAUGACGGUUGAACGUGAGAAAGCAGCCCUGACGUCCAGCCUGCAGGAGUCCCAGGCUCAGCUCCAACACACCCAGGGGGCCCUGACGGAGCAGCACGAGAAGACCCUCCGCCUGAGCCAGAGGGUCAUUACCCUCCGCCGCCUGCAUCGUCGGGCCCAGCUCCACCAGGAGGCCUACAGCAGCACCACCCUCCACCCUGAGGCCCUGAUGGAGCUGGACCGGGAUGAGAGGGAGGCAGCGGAGGAGGAGGAGGGAAAACCAGAGGAGGAGAAGAGUGAGACUCUAAACAAAAGUCAGGUGUUUUCAUAUCAGACGCCCGGUCUGGAAAUCAUGCAGUGUAAGUACCGUGUAGCUGUGACGGAGGUAGUGGAGCUCAAGGCGGAGGUGAAAGCGCUCCAUGACAGACUGGCUCAGAGUGCAGCGGAGGAGAAGCCGAGGAGAAACAGUCUGCUCCAGAAGAUGGAGAGGCAGGUGGCCUCUCUGGAGAAGAGCUGCAGGGAGGGACGGGAGAAGAUUUCCUCCCUGGAGGCGGAGUUACAGACGGCUCAGUCAUCAGCCAAUGAGAGCCAGGGGGCGUUGACCGCAGCUCAGGACGAGUUGGUGACGUUAAGUGAGGAGCUGGCCCAGCUGUACCACCACGUUUGCCUGUGCAACAACGAGACGCCGAACCGCGUCAUGCUGGACUACUACAGACAGGGCCGAGGGCUCAGAGGCCUCAGUGCCAGUCUUAAAGCCAUGUCUUCAGACAACAGCAAGGUUCUCCUCACACCUCGCCUCGCCCGGCGACUGGCCGCUGUCGCCUCCUCAACGUUGACUCCUGCGGAGUCCCGGAGCCCCUCGGAGUCUCCAUCAAGAGAGCCCCUAUCGAGGGAGGGGGGCAAAGAGGAGAAGGAGGGGGACAGGGAGAGUCUCCAGGUCCCCUCUGAGCAGAGCCUGCCUCCAACCCGCUCACCCAGCAUCAGUGCCUCUUCUUCAUCGUCAUCAUCAUCCUCGCCCGCCCUGGAGCCAGCCGGUGAGCUGCGCAGGGAGCCAAUGAACAUCUACAACCUCAACGCCAUCAUCAGAGACCAGGUGAAACACCUCCAGCGGGCAGUGGACCGAUCUCUGCUGCUGUCCAGGCAGAGAGCUGCAGCCCGAGAACUGGCUCCUCUCCUGGAUAAAGACAAGGAGAGCUGCCUGGAGGAGAUCCUGAAGCUCAAGUCUCUGCUGAGCACCAAGAGAGAGCAGAUCGCUACGCUCAGACUGGUGCUAAAGGCCAACAAACAGACAGCAGAGGGCGCUCUGGCCAACCUGAAGAGUAAGUACGAGGCGGAGAAGUCGAUGGUGACCGACACUAUGAUGAAGCUGAGGAACGAGCUGAAGGCCCUUAAGGAGGACGCCGCCACUUUCUCGUCUCUGCGGGCCAUGUUUGCCACCAGGUGUGACGAGUAUGUGACCCAGCUGGAUGAGAUGCAGAGGCAGCUGGCUGCGGCUGAGGAUGAGAAGAAAACUCUGAACUCCCUCCUGCGGAUGGCCAUCCAGCAGAAACUGGCCCUCACGCAGCGUCUGGAGGAUUUGGCCUUCGAUCAGGAGCAGACCAGCCGCACCCGUGGUAGCCGGCUGACCCGCAGGAAGACCAUCACCCCCAAAAUCGUCAGUAGCCUUCUGCCACAGUGCCGCUCCUCGUUCCCUCCUCACAGCUGAAGGUUUGAGUCUCCUCAGCUCCUCUUUCAGCACGUCGACCCCUUGUGGUUCACCCAGCAGACGCCCACCAUGAGUGCCUCCUGUCUGGACUUCUCUUUUUCCUCCAUCUCAACAACACCUGACCCCUAAACUCUGUGACACCGUCGACCCUGAAAUCCUACCCACGAUGCCUACACAGAGAGUGCCUGGCUCACACUUUUACAUUUCUUUGGACAGGCUGAAGAUCUUCUCCGACAUUUGCAACUGCCAGCAGAGCCUCAUGAACUCACAGACCGACCUGCAGACACAUAUUCAUCCAUGUACUCAUUAUUAAGACUGAUUUGAAUCAUUGAAAUCAUAUGAAAUCCUGUUUUCUGUCACACUAAGUGGUUACUGUGUGUGUGCGUAAGCACAAACAUUAAUUUGAUGUGUGUAUCUGUAUCACUACAGGAGAAUAUCACCAUGCUAGUAUGCUAACCUUUGUGUGCAUGUGCAGCUGUGUAGGCUGAUGCUUCAAUCAUUGCUGCUUCUUUUAACUCAUAUAUUAAGUCAUUACACUGCAUUGUUUUUGAUGUUUACUCAUACUAUUCAUGCAUGUAAAGUCUACAUUAAAAAAUUAGAAAAAUCUCCUGUAAGAAAAGCACAAACUGAAGCAAUGCAUUCCAGAAACAUCUUCUCUGUGUCUUUUAGCAUCGUGUCCACAGCUGCAGAACGCGGACGUUAAACUCAUCAUGUGUUCUUUGUGGAGGUGACAGUGUUUAUCACAGUGACAGUCAGCCUCCUGUUUGAUGUCACUGUAAACUUUAUCUUUACACAAAUGCGUUUCACUUACUCGCAGCGCUCAACCAACUGCCAAAAACAAAGGCCAACAGGAUCGGACUGAUGAGCUGGAGUCUGCAGCGGAAGUAAUGUGAAACUUUACGAGCUUUGAUCUGGGUUUUGUCCUGCAGGUCAGACGCACUGAGAGAGCUUCCUCACUUCACGUCUGCACCACACUGCUGUGUAACACUCAAACAGGAAGGAUUCACAACCUGCAAGUUGACCUGCGACGCGUCCUGGAGGAACAGGUGGAGGCUUUAGCAGCAAACCCGAACACUGCAACACUAAAAUCACAGAGACGUUUUAUGACUUUUUAUUCCCCUGAGUCAGUCAGACUGUCCGCUGUUGAUUCUUUUACUUGCUUGGUACAAAAUGAAAUCUGUGAAGAAGAUGACUCAGCAUUAAAAAAAGCAAUAUUGUUGUCAAAUUGAAAUAAACGACUGAUAUUAA